CAGUUAAAAUCAGAUGGUUGAAAUUAAUGGUUAAAAUUAUUAUUUUUGAAAAAUGUCUCCGAAGAAGCAAAGAGCCAGAAAGUCUCCCAAAAAACAAAAAGCAAAAAAUCAGAAUAAAAUAGAAAAGUUUUUAGUUAAAUCGAAUGUUGAAAAUAAGGAAGUUAAUUCAAAUAAUGAUGAAGAAUUACAACUAAAAAUCAAAGAUUUGAAAAUCAAAAUCCGAGAACUAUUAAAAGAAAAGCGUGAAUUAGAGUGUUUGACGUUUCCAAAGCCGUACAAAUUAAAAGAUAUUCCUUUAAAUUAUGAUGGCGCGAAAUUUGCUGACACAUCAUAUGGAACGCAUACAGCAAAAUUUCGUCUAAAAUUUCACGAAUUUGUAGGAUGUGUCGUAUCAAAAGUUGAUGAGAAAAGAUUAGUAAUAAAAUUCCAUGUGUUUGAAGUAAAUAAAGUUCAUGUUUAUGGUAUUAAAUUAAAUUCUGAAGACAAUCAGGAAGCAGAAGGAGUGGAUUAUACAUUUUCGAAAUGUUUUGUGCCACCUAUGAUAAAAAUUAAAGAAUUACUUAAAAAAUAUCCAGUGUUGGAUGAUCCAAAACCUCUUAUUAGAGUUCUUGCAACUGCAUGCCAAGUUUUUCACGACAUACAAAUUCAGAUCGAUCAAUUUAAGGAAAAGUCAGAUCCAAAAUAUGUGACUAUUUUUAAUAGCUUAAAUAACAGAGUAAUAGAACUAAGCUUCCAAAUGGUACAACGAUCAACUGAAUCGGUGUUUCCUGUAUCUGUUGAACUACCAUAUGAUAUUUAUAAACCACGACCCAUACAGAUAUUUAUAAAUUCUAAAGAAAUGCCACGCAGUACUUUAAAAGAGUUUAAAAAACAUUGCAAAAAUUUUUAUCGAUUUUCAAUUUGGAACGCAUUUGAAAUAAUUACAAACAUGGGACUUAAACAACACGAAUCUGUUUUUUAUUUAUUACAAGGACAAUCUGAGCUGGCCGAACUCAACACGGAUAAGCCUACAAUAUUGAUAAAGAAGAAAGCUAAAGUAGUUGAACAAAUUUUACACGAUUUCACUUUUGAUACUGAUGAUGAAGAUGCGUCUGUUCAAAAGAAUAACUUGGAUUCCUCUUUAAAUAAAUCAAACGUUGAAAUUGGAAACAAAGUGGUGAAUCCUAAAAAGAAUGAAAGUGAAAGGAGCCCCGAGUCUAAAAGAUCGAGAGUUAAAAUAUCAUUUGAACAAUCAUUUACUAAUGCGGAAACCAGAUAUCAGGAAAAUUCAUCGAAAAUCCAAGUGAAAGAUAAAACUCUUGAAAGGGUUUAUUCAUGUUCAACUGUAUUUGAUUCUGAAAAGAGUCAGGAAUCGAAAAAAUCACUUCAUUUGAAAAAUAUUUCUGAAAGUGAAAGGAGUCCCGAGUCUAAAAGAUCGAAAGUUCAAAGAUCACUUGAACAAUCAUUUACUAAUGCGGAAACCAGCUAUGAGGAAAAUUCAUUGAAUCCAAAAAUCGAAACGAAAGAUAAAACUAGUGAAAGUGUUUGUUCAUGUUCAACUGUGUUGGAUUCUGAAAAGAGCCAAGAAUCGAAAAAAUCACUUCGAGUGCAAACGGGAGUCAAAAGAUCACUCGAAAAACAGUUUAAUGAUGAUUGUGAGUGCCGUUUCUUCUAGGAGAUGUUGGCAAUCAGGUUUUUUUUCCAAAAAUUUUAUUCAUGCAGAAACCAGUUUUAAGGAAAAUUCAUCGAAAAUAAAAACGAAAGAUAAAGCUCAUGAAAGUGUUUUUUCAUAUUCAACUGUGUUUGAUUCCGAAAAGAGUUAGGAUUAAGAUCACUCGAAAAAUAAUUUAAUGAUGAUGAUGAGUAUCGUGUAUUCUAGGAGAUUUUGGCUAUCACGUUUUUUCCAAAAUUCUAUGCCGUGUACUAAUGAUUUA